ACCUUAAAUAUUCGUUCAUAAGUAUUUGCUACGGUAUUUGCCAUAAAAUAUCCAAAUAAUCCCAGUGACGUCAUCAUUUAUUUUUUACAUAUUUUUUUCCAAGGUGUUGGAAGUUUGUGUUUAUAUUUCCAAAUAGUUGCCAUUUAAUAUUUAAAUAACGUGCCUAACAUUGUGUGAGAUAUUUUGUUCUAAAUCAAAUAUUUCUCCGAUAUCAGUAAUUGUGAUUAAUAUCUAAAAUAUUAAUUAAUAGGUUAGAGUUAGUGAUUGGCAAAAUAUCAACAAAUUUAUAAUUGGCAAUUGGCAGGCGGGUUUUAUUUGGUAAAAUAAACUACCAAAAACGUCCGUUAAAUUUCGUUUAAAAAUAGAAGCAGAUAGAAGGAUUUUAUAUGCUAUUUUUAACAAUGUUUCUUUGAGGGGACAUUUCUGUUUAUUCUUAGUAUUCCAAACAAACUAAGCAAGUUGAAUUGAGAGCCAAAUGUAUUUAUAAGAUCCAGAAGCAAAAUGAGUAAAAUGGAACUGAGAUCGAGUAGGUCCAGAUCUAAAACUCCUUUUUUAACUCAAGAUUUAAUUGACAGAGAAGUUGCUGCCGGAGUGGUAAAUAAUCAUAUUGAAACUACAGUUGUAAGAACGACAAGAAGAACUGUUUUUAAAACCAAUGAAAAUGCAUCUAGUUCCACAGAUGAAAUAAACACAUCCAAAGAAUCUAACGUCCAAGCGAAAUCUUCUCAACGUCGCUCUCAAUCCCGAUCGGAAAAAAGUCUUCGCAAUAGAAUAUUGAAGACAUCAGAUUAUUCUUCUGAAGAUGGAGAAAAUGAAGUGACAUCAACUAAAACUGUAAAGCAGAACGAAAAGAAUCAGUUGGUUGAGCACGCCAGAACAUUGGUGAACGGAAGUGAAAUGCCAGCUUUUGAACUUUAUAAGAAAAGUGGAAGAUAUUGGGAUGUUUAUCCUAAAACUGACUGGACCUACUCACAGCAUUCGAAAGAUAGGGUGGAAAUAGCCCCAGGUGUAGUGGCAAUGCCAAACAUGUCUCGCAAAACCAUUCAUUCUUUAGAUGAAUCCAGCCAGAGCUACAAUUCAGAUACCUCUCAUAGUCUAUACUCGGAAAAUGUGUCCCAUAAGAAUAUUAAUACUGAUGACUUAUUUACGGCGAAGUAUUCCACCUCGCUUUCAGAGGGUGUGAAGAGGAAUCUGUUUAACAAUAAUGGAGAGGAUUAUUAUAUUAAAAGGAGGGGUUACAGCCGGUGGACAUCCUUUAAAGAGACCAUUGUAAACUAUUUCACAUACAUCUACACCAUCUAUUCCUACUUUUACUUGAUGCAAACAACAGUAUUUUCUCUGAUUCAUCGUGUUGCAAGCAAAGUAAUGCUUUGGGAUACUUAUCUAAUGUGGAAAACGAGACCAGGGAACAAAGCUGCCAAGUUGGCGCUGCUUUGCCUCAUUCCAUUACUGAUUUUAGCUGGAUUUUGGUUUUUCUCCAGUUUGGGUAGUGCACUAUACGGUGCACUUGGCAAUAUAACUUAUACAAGUUUUGUUCCCACAUUAACCAUUUGGAAUGAAAAAGCAGUUACAUCAUCAAAUAAAGAAAAUAAAGCUUCUAUGGAAAACCUUGUUGAUCUCACUCUGGAAGAGACUUUUAGUUCCAAAAGUGAACAAGAAAAAAGAUUUAAAAGGGACGAAAAUUUCAAUGCAGAUCAAAAUUUUGAGCGAAAUUACCCUAAUCCACCAAAAGCAUCCGAAAUUGCAUCAAGUUUGACUACAGACCAAUUAGAAACAAUAGCACUAAUUAUAAAAAAGAAUUUGGAAAGUGACAAGGAAAUAAAGUCGGGCUAUGCUGAAGAAAUUGUUGAAAGUCCACAUUUUCAAAGCUUAAUUAACAAGUAUUUUAUAGAAAAUAUUCAGUAUAUUAAUACUGCACAAGAAGGCACCAAAGAAGAUAACGGCAAUACAAAAACCGAAGAAAUUUUCAAAAAACAUGAAUUGUUAAUAGCUAAACUGUUAGAUGAAUUACAUAAUAUUAAGCAAGAUAUUUUGCUGAACUAUCAAGCCAAUUCUGACUACUAUUCAAAACUAUCACUAGAUAUGAAAAAAUGCUGCUCAAAAAGAUAUACUAUUAACAUAGAAGGUUAUGUUAGUAAAGUGGUGACUGACCUACUGAACAACAAAGAGUUCUUAGAAAACCAGAAAGGUCUGAACGAUUGGUUACGAUCUCUAUUCGUUGCAAAACAAUAUUUGGAAGAUCGCUUAGGCAACAUAACUGCCAACGUAGACGAGAAAAUCGCUUCGAUUGUAGAAUCAAAUAGCCAAACUAUUAUGAACCAUGUGACAUCUAAAAUGGUUGAGUUAAAUAGCAAACAUACUACUGUAAAAAAUACUGAAGUAGUUGGUGGGAUAUCUGAAGAUGAAAUUAAAAAAGUGGUAAAGGGAGUACUUGCCAUCUACGAUGCUGACAGAACGGGUUUAGUUGAUUACGCCAUGGAAUCAAUGGGAGGACAGAUAGUGACUACGCGUUGCACCGAGCUAUAUCACUACGGAAAGGCAGUGGUUUCUAUCUUAGGAGUGCCAUUAUGGUAUCCAAGCAAUUCGCCUCGCACGGCUAUAAGGCCCGGUAUGGCACCAGGAGAAUGCUGGGCGUUUCAAAACUUCCCUGGGUUCGUGGUCAUAAAGUUAUCAGCCAGAGUAAGAUUAGAAGCCUUUUCAUUGGAGCAUAUCAGUCGUCUCCUGGUGCCUGAAGGUAAAAUCGAUUCAGCUCCGAAAGAAUUUGAAGUAUAUGGCUUGGUACAAGAAAACGACAGGGAACCGGUACUGUUAGGUACAUACACCUACGAUUAUGAUGGAGAACCGUUACAAUUCUUCCCGAUUCAGACGCCGGGGCUCCAAGUAUUCGACAUGAUUGAAUUGAGGAUCGUUUCCAAUCACGGAAAUCCAAAUUACACUUGCCUUUAUAGAUUUAGAGUUCACGGACGGCUACAUCACGAAGAGAACAGAUGAUUUUUAGAAACAUUUUAAUUUUUGAGACUUUUUACUUGCGCUAAGAAAAUGCUGUUUUUAUUUCUACUGAUCUAUAUUAAUAGACUAAUAAAUCAAACAACCUGCUAUAUUUUACGCUGAAGUUACAAAAUAGUUCUUGGAAUUGACUGGUUUAGUUAAGAAUUAAAGAAUGACUCUAUUUGUGGCUAAUUCAUAGUUAUAAAAAUAAGUACUAUAAAAGUAAACAAAAAAUAACAUUGAACUGGAACCAACGCAAUAAUUACUAAAAGUGAUAAAGGACGUUAAUUUUUUAAAUAACAUACUUCCUUAUUUUUUACUGUUUUAAACUAAAUUAUUCAAUUAUCCAUAGUUAUAACAAUACGAUCGAAAAAAAAACGGAAUCACAAUGUUAUUUGAAAUGACAUCUAUUUAUAUAUAUAAUUUCAGUUGGGUAGAUUAAGGGCAGACAUAAAAACUGGUCAAAUAUUAAUAUUUAAUUAGAAAACGUAUUCAUUAGCGUUGGUCAUUUGUAAAUUAAUUCAGUAAAAAUAGUAUUUUUAUAAAUUUGUCUGUAAGAUUUUUACUUUUUUCUAAAAUAAAUAUUAAUUUAAUUUUUGACAAUAUUUUAUCUCACUUUUAAUACUUGACAUAGAGAGGUUGUCCAGAUGGAAAUUAUUAUCAAUUCAGACACCGAUUUUUUCGAUCAUAUGGAUUUUCUGUCAUUGGCAUAUUUGUAAAUAUUAAGGUUCAUUUAUGUAUGGUAAAUUUAUUUAUUUUGUAUAUAACUUAUAUAGUAAUUAGUAUUUUUAUAUAUAGAUAAGCUACUUAACUACCAAAGAAGAUGCGAGGUUUGUUUAGAUGUAGAUAAUUGCCUAGGUAUAUAUAACUUAAAUAUUUAAUAUAAUUUGCAUGAGUUUUAAAGUAAGAUUUGUUUCAUUUUAUUUGGGUAUUUGAUCGUUUUUGUCAGUACUUAAUUAUUAAAUGUUUAACUUAUAUAUAAAAAAGAUGUUUAGAGUUUCUGAAGAGGGAAAUAUUAAAAAAAAUCAAGAACACUUGCUUUGUAAUGGAUUUUAAUACAAUUUUAGGUUUUCAAGAUGUCUUUUCAUUAAACUAACAAAUGUAUAAAGCAGUUUUUUGAAGCAAUUCAAUCAUGAAAAAAAUAAAAUAUUUAUAUAUAUAUUUCUUCAUAUUUCACUCUUCAAGAUACAAAAAUAACCCAGGUAACCUGUGUAUUAGAUAUAAGGAGCAUAUAAUAAUAUAAAUAUGUAGAUAUAGAUUUUUUAAAAUAGAUAUUUAUUAGAGCUAUUGUAAAAUAGAUAAAUAACAAUUCAAUAUGUGCACUUGUUGAUUAACGUGAUUUCGAAUAAUCAGAUUAAAACAGCUAAUCUUUAGAGCUACGUAUCGUUAUAUGGUUGAAACGUAAGAAUGGAGAUUUUGAUGGCAAUUAGUGGUAAAGUACAAAUUUUUUAAUAUUUAUAUUUGAACUGAGUCUAAAUUGUUUCAUUCAAUUUGCUAACAAAGUCGUUCAUCUUGUGGUGUGUGUGCAUGGAACUUUUUUCAAUUUACCUAUUUAUUUUUUCUAAUAGAGUUGACUUUUUAGUUUGUAAAAAUAUCUAAAAAUAAGGGUGCCUUAACUUUUUUAAUUUUUUAUCGAUGUUACAGAUCUCUUUACUAUUCUCAAAGUAUUUUUUGUGUAUGAAUAAAAUGUUUUUGUUUAA